UCUGUUUUCCUUUCAAAACUUUUGUUUACAAAUUAAUGACAAGUAGAUAUUUUUAAUCAGUCACUGAAUGUUUAUAUAUGAGGCUAUUUGUGUGCGAAAUUGCAGAUAGCCCGUCGCCCGAUAUAUUAUUAAUGUAGAAUUUAUGUAACGAAAUGGUUGUGUAAAUUCAUAAUGUCUUUAAAGAGUGCAUAUUUGUUGAUUUUUCAAAUAAUUGUAAUUUAUAAUUGCUCGUGCGAUGUAAGCCUUGAACGACGGCAAAAACUGUUACAUGGCUUUAUAAAUUACUACAACGAUUUACCUAAUCAGGUUUAUAAAACCGAAGUAGGCGUUCUGCAGAAUUUUGAAGAAAUCGAUGAGACCUCUAGUAAAAUAGUAGUCAACUUGCAAGUUGCUGAUAUUCAUAAUCAUGAGUCAAUCAAGUACUUAAGGUGUAGUAGCACAGUACAGGAUUCACAAGAGCAGGGUGUGGUUGUCCUGAAUGAAAUUCACUGUCAGGAGCUACCUGAUCAACAGGGAGUUAGUGUUCAGCAAGAGACCACAGAAAUAACUGAACAGAAUCCCAUACAUUUCGAUAAUGAAAAUGAAUUUAAUACAGUUUCGCCAACUGAACAGUUAAUCGCGGCACCAAGGAAAGAUGGCUUCAGUCCUUGCAUAGGAUGUUCCACACGUGUCGAUGUAGACGCAGCAGGUGUUCAAGAACUGGCUUCGUUAGCAGUUCAUCAUCUUGAUAGACACGACGAUACUGCAAAAUAUAGUCUAAUCUCUGUCGUCGAUGUAGAAAGACAAGUACAGGUGGUUAACGGUGUAAGAUAUAUUUUAACACUCUUAGUAAAUAACAAUACAUGCACUGAAAAUCAAUCGGAAGAUUGCCAAGUGGUUACACCAUGUCGGAUUUCUAUACUCGAGAAACCAUGGCUUAGAUUACCUAGUGGUGUUAAAUACAGAUCUAUUUUAUCGAACAAUUGCACUGAUCAAUGGUUAUUUGGUGACAAUGGUGAUAUACUGGAUGAGAAUUUUGGACAAAAUAAUGAGAUUAUUAAUACUGACAAAAAAGAUGAGGCUGGGGAUGACAUUAUCAAACCAGUGCACGCGAACGAUGUUCAAACACAACAAAACCAAGAAAAAUCCCUAACUGUUGAUCAAAUUAAGGGCUUAGAAGAACAAAUUAUACCUCACGAUGAAUAUACAGUUGUCAGUAGUACAGAGCAAGUAUUGAUUACUACAAGAGCCGAUGGCUUGACUGAAGAGGUUGUUUUUAAAGAUAAGUCCACCCAAGGUCAACAAAAUGUGAUUCGCCAAUUUGAUCAGAAAGAACAAACCGGUUUGACAAAUGAUAAAAAGAAAGCAAUUGAUGAUCUCAUAAAUUUUUUCGAGUUUGCUGGGUUUAAUUUGAAUCGUGACGAAGAAGUCUAUUCGAGGUCAAGAAGAAGUUUCGAUGACGAGCUAGACGUAUUUUCUGUAGCUCAAAAAUAUCGCAAAUUAAAAGAAAGUCUACAAAAUGGUAUGGAAUUGUACAAUUCUGCCCAAGCAAUGAUAGAUUACUUAAACGAAAUUGAUUUGGAAAUAAAAAAUAGAGUUUUACAAGAGAUCAUUCAAGCUGAAGAAGAGGAUGUAAAUUUUCAACGCUUUUUAUAUAUUCAAGCUCGAGUGAUUAUCCCCUGCGAUAAAAAUAAUUGUGAGUUGAGAGAUAACAAAUUCAAAGUUUGCAAUGGUAUUCUUGACAGUACGGAUUCGAAAAAUCCUCAUGUACUGACAGCUUUUUGUUACAAAGAACCCGAUAGCAGCAUAUUUAAUACAAUAAGAACUGUUCCGCCUAACGACCCAAUAUUACAAAUGAUGGUAAGAGUUUCGUUAAAGAAAAUUGAAAAAGAAUCUAAUGAAAAAAAUGCAAUGAAAGUAUCCAAAAUAAUUGAUGCAAAUGUGCAAAAAACUUCGGGAAUAUUAACAAAAUUUUUAGUGGUCCUGGAUCGUUUAAACUGUAGCCAAAAUACGCCCAUAUCAUUAAGACAGAACUGCACAACAGUGGAGGAUCUCGGAUCCAAAGUGUGCGACGUUGUUGUAUUCGAAAAGCUUUGGUUGAAAGAUAAGGAUGUCUCUUUCACAUGCUUGGAAAGGCCUGUCGAAAGCUCAUUCACACGUUCGAAUAUUAGAAAAACUUUUGAAAUUGAUGAUUAUAAAGUUUCUGAAAUGCUGCAAGAGAGUUUAAUGUACUUAGAUGUUAAAUCUAAUAGAAAUAACAAACAAAAGAUAGUGGAUGUGAAUUCUGUAUCAACUCAAAUCAAUGCAGGAUUAUUAACAGAAAUAAUAUUUACAGUGGCUUAUACUUCUUGCAGAAAUGAUGUAAAAGUUGACAUAAACACUUGUAAUGUUUUAGAAGAUGAACCGUUAAGAAACUGUAAGGCACAAAUAUGGGAUCGAACUUGGAUAGAAGACGGAACACAAAUAAAAGUAUCAUGUGACGAUACUCCUUCCGUAAAUGAGAGUACCGAUUUACGUACCAAUAACUCCUUAGAUUUUGUCGGUGGUCUACAGUUGCAAGAUGCACACGAUCAAAAGUAUAAGUUGUUGGCAGAGGAAUCACUGAGACAGUUCUUGCAAAAAAAUGGAACUACAAAGCCCCACACUGUAGUACGUCUAAAUAAAGUGACCACUCAAGUUGUUUCUGGAACUUUAAUACGACUUGACUUCGUGGCUGCUCCGACAGGCGAGGAGUCUCGUUAUCAAUGCCAUUCUGAAAUUUGGGAACGACCAUGGCUGAAGAAAACAGACAUAGAGGUGAAUUGUAAACAAAGUAACGAAAGAUCUAAAAGAAACGUAUUAGGCGGAAUAAAAGAGUCUGAUCUAACAGACCCUCACUAUAAGGAACUGGCUCAACAAUCAUUGAAUCAGUUCUUGAAACAAAGCGGCAAUACAAAGCCCCACACUGUAGUACGUCUAAAUAAAGUUACCACUCAAAUUGUUUCUGGAACUUUAACACAACUUGACUUCGUGGCUGCUCCAACAGGCGAGGAGUCUCAUUAUCAAUGCCAUUCUAAAAUUUGGGAACAACCAUGGCUGAAGAAAACAAGCAUAGAGGUGGAUUGUAAACAAAGUAACGAAAGAUCUAAAAGAAACGUAGUAGGCGGAAUAAAAGAGUCUGAUCUAACAGACCCUCACUAUAAGGAACUGGCUCAGCAAUCAUUGAAUCAGUUCUUGAAAGAAAGUGGCAAUACAAAGCCCCACAUUGUAGUACGUCUAAAUAAAGUUACCACUCAAGUUGUUUCUGGAACUUUGACACGACUUGACUUCGUGGCUGCUCCGACAGGCGAGGAGACUCAUUAUCAAUGCCAUUCUGAAGUUUGGGAACAACCAUGGCUGAAGAAAACAAACAUAGAGGUGGAUUGUAAACAAAGUAACGAAAGAUCUAAAAGAAACGUAGUAGGCGGAAUAAAAGAGUCUGAUCUAACAAACCCUCACUAUAAGGAACUGGCUCAGCAAUCAUUGAAUCAGUUCUUGAAAGAAAGUGGCAAUACAAAGCCCCACAUUGUAGUACGUCUAAAUAAAGUUACCACUCAAGUUGUUUCUGGAACUUUGACACGACUUGACUUCGUGGCUGCUCCGACAGGCGAGGAGACUCAUUAUCAAUGCCAUUCUGAAGUUUGGGAACAACCAUGGCUGAAGAAAACAAACAUAGAGGUGGAUUGUAAACAAAGUAACGAAAGAUCUAAAAGAAACGUAGUAGGCGGAAUAAAAGAGUCUGAUCUAACAAACCCUCACUAUAAGGAACUGGCUCAGCAAUCAUUGAAUCAGUUCUUGAAAGAAAGUGGCAAUACAAAGCCCCACAUUGUAGUACGUCUAAAUAAAGUUACCACUCAAGUUGUUUCUGGAACUUUAACACAACUUGACUUCGUGGCUGCUCCAACAGGCGAGGAGUCUCAUUAUCAAUGCCAUUCUAAAAUUUGGGAACAACCAUGGCUGAAGAAAACAAGCAUAGAGGUGGAUUGUAAACAAAGUAACGAAAGAUCUAAAAGAAACGUACCAGGUGGAAUGACAGAGUCUGACGUAACCAAACCUCACUAUAAGAAACUGGCUCAGCAAUCAUUGAAUCAGUUCUUGAAAGAAAGUGGCAAUACAAAGCCCCACAUUGUAGUACGUCUAAAUAAAGUUACCACUCAAGUUGUUUCUGGAACUGUAACACAACUUGACUUCGUGGCUGCUCCAACAGGCGAGGAGUCUCAUUAUCAAUGCCAUUCUAAAAUUUGGGAACAACCAUGGCUGAAGAAAACAAGCAUAGAGGUGGAUUGUAAACAAAGUAAUGAAAGAUCGAAAAGAAACGUACCAGGUGGAAUAACAGAUUCUGAUCUGAAUUACACUAAAUUUCAUAUUAAUAAGUUCACAAGUAAGAAGCGACUGAAUUUGCGAAAGUCAUUAAUAGGUGGUAAACAUGAAGAAGACCCUUCUGAUAAGGAAUUCAAAGUUUUAGCACAAGAAUCAUUGCAUGAAUAUGCACGUUUAGAAAAAAAUGAUUUUAUCCAUAAAGUUAUAGAUGUUAAUCGUGUAUCUACUCAAACGGUGUCAGGAAACAUUUAUAACAUUCAUUUUAGCGCUGUACCGACUUCGUGUUCAACAGCAGUUCAGGAUCCUAGUUUUUGCGAGCAGAAAGACGGAAGUAGCAUUCUUCAGUGUCAUGCUAGAAUAUGGAGUCGACCUUGGUUAGGAAAAAAAACAACCACAAUUACCUGUAACCAACGUACCGAAGCAAAGAAGAAAGUGAAAAGACAAACAUUGGACGAUGGUGAUUACAUAGAUGAAGAAUUACGAAAUUAUUAUGCCGAACGUGCAAAUCAAUAUUUAAAUCAAGUAUCAGACACAAAUAAUCUAUACAAACUGAUAACUGUACACGCAAUAAAGUAUGGCAAACAGAUGGGUAGAAAUAUAGUUCAAAUGUAUAUUGAAGUUGCACCAACGUUCUGUUUGCGUCACGCCGACGAGAAUGAACUCGGAGGCUGCGAAGAAAUUGAGGCGCUGGAUCACAAGUUAUGCUAUGGAAGACUUUGGCCUUCGCCUGAUGACGAAUUAGUCGUUCAGUCGGUUUCUGUGAUCUGUGACGAUGACAACGAAUUCGAAACUGUCUCGGGGAUAUCUAUACGAAGAUUAAUUAAAAGCUCUAUUAAAGAACUCGAAAAGAAUCCAGACCAAAAAUAUAAGUUAAUCCAUUUAGGAACACCUUAUCUAGUUCCCAGUCUUGACUCAGAUGUACCUAUUAAAGUUUCAUUUCUGAUUGGAUCAACGAACUGCACUAAGGAGGUAGAUAUUGAAAACAGUCCUCUUCAAUGCUUUUUGGACGGUAGCAAAUCAUCGAAACCGUGCACUUCUUUUGUAUGGUUCGUUCCAAAUACAAAAGAUAUCUAUCAAAUCAAUGUCCAGUGCGUAGAACCGGCAACGCGUCAAAAAAGAUCGGUGUCCCUAAACUCGGCAAAUGUUUCCGCGAACGAUUUAGAAAUUCGGGAAUUAGUAAAACAAUCCUUGGAUAAACUGGAAAUGGCAUCCGUUCAUAGGUAUAAACAAAGGGUAAUUCAAAUAAAUUCAUUUUCGACUAAGAUAACAACAGGAAAAGUGACUACAAUAGACUUCGAUAUCGGUUACACGUCGUGUCUAAAGUAUGAGUGGGUCGAUGACGUCACGACUUGUCAGUUUUUGGAACACCUACCCAGGAGACAUUGCGUUUCUAAAGUAUUCGAAAGGUUAUGGGUUGCGAACGGAAAGAAUAUCGACGUUAGUUGCGAAGACGAUGAAACACCAUUAGAAGCUCAUGUUGAAUUCGAAAGUGCAGAAAUGGCGUUGCAGCUAGCUAAUGAAGCACUAAAACACAUCGAGGCCCGAUACCCGAAUCCGAGGAAACAAAAGAUUUUAAGAAUAUUCACGCUAGAAAAACAAGUGGUCGCCGGUAUACAUUACAGAAUGAAAGUUGAAGUCGGCCUGACGAAUUGUACAGCUUUGACGAAUCGAUCGGAUUGUAAACAUAUUAGUGACGAGAGCUUGAAUAAAUUUUGCCGCGUGAACGUUUGGAUGCGGCCCUGGACAAAUCAUUCACCGAACUUCAGAGUGACAUGCGAUUAUCAAGAAAGCGCAACAAUUGAUCUGUACCACCACAUACAAGCUGAACAUUUGUUUUAUGAUUUUUUGGCGACACACAAACCGAAUUACAUAGACGAUGCCGCCGAAAUGCGUAGGAGAUUCGAAAUUUUUAAGGGCAACGUAAGAAAAAUUCACGAAUUGAAUACACACGAACGCGGCACCGCCGUAUAUGGAAUAACGCAAUUCGCCGAUUUGUCCUAUGAAGAGUUUGGAAAGAAAUAUCUUGGCUUGAAACCUAGUUUGCGAGAUACCAAUCAGAUUCCAAUGAGGCAGGCAGAAAUCCCGAAGAUUGAAAUCCCCGAUAAAUUCGAUUGGCGCGAUUAUGACGCUGUUACCGAUGUUAAAGACCAGGGUAUGUGCGGAAGCUGCUGGGCCUUUAGCGUUACUGGUAAUGUCGAGGGUCAAUAUAAGUUGAAGACUGGACAGCUGCUGUCACUCUCUGAGCAAGAGCUGGUGGACUGUGAUAAACUUGACGAAGGAUGUAACGGGGGUCUACCUGAUAAUGCGUACAGGUAG